CGCUGUGUCGUCGCCAAUCCGUCCCGGAACUUGUGUUAACCCCGCGCUGCCAUGAGCAAGCGGAACCAGGUAUCUUACGUGCGGCCAGCCGAGCCAGCGUUUUUGGCUCGCUUCAAGGAACGGGUCGGCUACAGGGAGGGGCCCACCGUAGAGACCAAGAGAAUCCAGCCUCAGCUCCCAGAAGAAGAUGGGGAUCACAGUGACAAAGAAGAUGAACAGCCUCAAGUGGUGGUUUUGAAAAAGGGAGACCUAUCACUUGAAGAAGUCAUGAAAAUUAAAGCAGAAAUAAAGGCUGCCAGAGCAGAUGAAGAACCAGCUUCAGCUGAUGGGAGAAUCCUGUAUCGAAAACCAGUCAAGCGUCCCUCAAAUGAAAAAUGUUCAGGUUUAACAGCAAGCUCAAAAAAGAAGAAGCCACAUGAAGAUGAAAUAAAUCAGGACUCAGUCAAAAAGAACUCACAAAAACAAAUAAAAAACAGUAGCCUCCUUUCUUUUGACAACGAAGAUGAAAAUGAGUAAGUGUAAAUAGUUUGAAUUUGGUCUGCUUUGAAAGUAUAUGGGGUGUUUUUUUAAAAUAACAUUUUUUUUUCCUGUUAUAAAGAUACUACAAGUUCCAUAUGGAAAAUUUAGGAAAUACAGGAAAAAAAUUAAUAAACUACAUCUAUUCAUCAAUACUUAAAAUGCCAACUCUAUAGAAAUUAGCUAGUAUUAUUUUAUUUCCCCUGUAUGGGUGUGUAUAUGUGUAAAUUAUAUUUUUAAGCAAAAUACUUCUUUGUGUGUAAACAGAAUGUUAGAAAUACAGUUGUAUUGCAAA